AUGGCUAAAAUGGCUUCAACUGAUGAAAUUGAUAAAAUGAUCGAUAAAGAGGACUGGAGUCAAAUAUCCGAGCCAGCUUUGCGCAAACGCAUCCAAAAUCGUAUCUCACAACGCAAGCUUCGAGCCAAGAGGAAGCUACAAAACCAGCCAAUCCCCUUCAACAUCGUGGCUUUAACGCCUCCCAUAGAUAGUAGCCCUGAUUUGUCUGCAGCAAAUACCGCGGGCAACUCAAUUGGAGAAACAUUUCCGGAUCCCAUGGACGCUUUGUAUCCUCCCAUCGACCUCGAAUGGCAGGCAAACUUCGACAUGACAAAUUUAGACGUGAAUACUCUUUUCGAGGGCACCAUUCCGUGGAGCCCAGACGAGACAUCACUUACCACACCAUCGCAGACGACAGAUGCAGAACUCGGCGACUUCGACUUCGACUCUCUACCAUUUGAUCUCACAUCCGAUGAUGAUCAGAUCGCCUUGGAUCCGGCAAUCCUCCCAAUGGAUACAUUGGUCUCUCCCCAGUCUUUGCAUCCCAGGGAAUUUAAAAAUGGCAAUGUUUUAAUCCACAUCGAUAACUCCAGGCCACACACUCCCCGAUCCAGCUACGCGGCGUCUUCUUCCUUGGAUACAUCUAACGAAUCUAUGUCAUCAAGGGGCUGCCCAGUCAAAUGGAGUACCCGAAUGCUAUCCCGCGGCUUUGAAAUGGGAUCUUCUAGAAGCAAUGGCACGACACGAAAGCAAUUGUUUCGUCCAUGGAAGAAAUGCACCACCACCACUACAACCGAGGAUAGUCCUUAUCAGUCUUCCCAAGAAGAUGUGGUAGAAUGCAGCAAUUGUGGCUGCCAUGUGGCCGUGCGGGAAGCCCCUCGGCCAAGCCAGCAGGAACUAGUGGAGAUGUUGAUUCAACAUAAUCCGGCAUUGGCUGAGUUGGCUGAACAGCCAAAUGUGCGGAUCGAAUAUGAGUUGCCUACAUCUUGGGAGCAAAGUACACGGCAUAGUUCAUCGGUUGAUUUGGAAAUGGAAGGGCAAGAAAGAGAGGUAGAGGGCGAACCAAAGUACAUCAUAAUCUAUUCCGGACAUGAGCGACCCCAAAAGCCAACUUAUUCCGAGUAG